AUGUUGGUAUUGAAAGAUGCUCGUGGUGAAGCUCAAUUUAAGUUCUGGGUCCAUAAACACUUUAAAUUAGUUACUAUUGGUGAAUUACAAGUUGUUUAUGGCAUUAAAUCAAAUAAUCCGGUGAUCACUUAUGAACAAUUAUACACAACCAUUAAAGAAUGCCAUGAAAGAUUAGGACAUCAUGGUCGUGAUAAAACGUGGAGAGAAGUGAGACAACAGUAUUGUUGGAUUCCAUUUGAUGUAGUAGUCAUUUUCCUUUCACAAUGUGAUGUAUGUUGGAAUCGCAAAGGAUUUCCAAAACCAAUAGCAGGUAGAACCUAGCCUUUCCUUUCUCACAUCUUGUACGCUCUACAUAAUAAAAUUAUUCUAUAGAUAAACCUAUUGUUUCGAUUGGAUAUUUAACACGUCUACAGAUGGACUUAAUAGAUAUGAGAAGCAUGCCGGACGGUGAAUAUCAGUGGAUCCUACACACGAAGGAUCACUUUACAAAGUUUUCGUGGGCCUACCCACUUAA